UCCUUAGCAAAAGGCAUUCAGAGGCUGGCCGCGGCCGCGCAGGAAGACUAUCAGCAAAAGCGUCUGCGCAUGCGCCCGUCUAGCAACUGGGUGGGCGCGCGAGUCCUUUACCAGCUACGGCGGUGACAACAGCAGCAGCAACAACUGAGGAGGCGGUUGAAGACUGUCGGUGCCUUCUUCGGUCACCUGGGAGAGAAGGGAGGACGGAAAGGCUGGGAACGGAAGGAAAGCGGUCGGGUCAGGUUCCUGGAGAAGCCGACCUGCCUCGGAGGACUGAGCAGAGAUCCUUGCGUGGUUCCUUGUCGAGCGCUGAGGAAUCUGCCUCUGGUCUCCAAGCCGCUUCUCCCUCCUCGCGUCCUCCUCCUGCAGCCGCCAAGCGCACCUGCCCGGCCUGUGGAAAAAAGGAGAAGACGACGCCGCCGCCACAGCCGCGGUGCCCGGGGGGCUGUGCGGAGCAGCGGCCCCGGGCUCAUCAAGAGAAGCCGCCUCCGCUCGUCCAUGAGCAUCGCGGCCCGGGAGCUCCGCUCCGGCAGGGGGGAGCCGGUUGCAGGAGCAGUACUGGAGGCGGCGGCGGCGGCGGCAUGUGGACCCCGACGGAGGAGGAAAAAUACGGCGUGGUUAUAUGCAGCUUCCGAGGGCCUGUCCCACAAGGCUUGGUUCUAGAACUAGGAGAAACUGUCCAGAUCCUGGAAAAAUGUGAAGGAUGGUACAGAGGUGUUUCAAUAAAGAAACCUAAUGUCAAGGGGAUCUUUCCUGCUAAUUAUAUUCACUUGAAAAAGGCAGUUGUCAGCAACAGAGGGCAGUAUGAAACAGUUGUUCCACUUGAAGACUCUGUUAUCACUGAAGUUACAGCAACACUCCAGGAAUGGGCUGCCCUCUGGAAGCAGUUGUAUGUGAAACAUAAGAUAGAUCUCUUCUACAAACUGCGUCAUGUGAUGAAUGAAUUGAUUGAUCUUCGCAGACAGUUGCUGUCUGGUCACUUGACUCAGGACCAAGUACGAGAAGUCAAGAGACACCUCACUGUACGAUUGGACUGGGGUAAUGAGCAUUUGGGCUUGGACCUUGUUCCACGAAAGGACUUUGAGGUGGUGGAUUCAGAUCAGAUCAGUGUCUCUGAUCUAUACAAGAUGCAUUUAUCUAGCAGGCAUAGUGUACAGCAGAGCACAUCACAGGUAGAUACAAUACGACCACGUCAUGGAGAAGCAUGCCGUCUGCCUGUACCUCACCACUUCUUUCUCAGUCUAAAAAGUUUCACUUAUAAUACAAUUGGGGAGGAUGCAGAUGUAUUCUUUUUUUUGUAUGAUGUUCGAGAAGGCAAGCAGAUCAGUGAAAGGUUUCUAGUAAGGUUAAACAAGAAUGGGGGCCCCAAGAAUCCGGAGAAGAUUGAUCGAAUGUGUGCACUUUUCACAGAUCUCAGCAGCAAAGAUAUGAAGAAAGACUUGUACAUAGUUGCCCAUGUAAUUCGGAUAGGACGUAUGUUGCUAAAUGAUACAAGAAAGGGUCCUUCUCAUCUCUGUUACCGACGUCCAUAUGGCUGUGCAGUUUUGAGUGUCAUGGAUGUGAUUCCAUCAAUUUCUGAAUUAAAAGAAGAGAAGGAUUUUGUUCUCAAAGUUUACACGUGCAACAAUGAAAAUGAAUGGUAUCAGAUCCAUGAAAACAUAAUUCGCAAAUCUAGCACCAAAUAUACAGCACCCAGCUCAAACUAUGGACUUAUAAUUUCUCUUCAACUUCUUCGUGGAGAAAUGGAGCAGAUUCGAAGGGAGUAUCCUAUGAUCUUUAACAGAGGGGUGGCUGUUACCAGAAAAAUAGGUUUUCCAGAUGUCAUCAUGCCUGGUGAUAUACGCAAUGACUUGUACCUGACUUUAGAGAAAGGAGACUUUGAAAGAGGUGGAAAAAGUGUACAGAAGAACAUUGAAGUAACUAUGUAUGUUCUUUAUGCAGAUGGAGAGAUUCUAAAGGAGUGCAUCAGUUUAGGCUCAGGAGAGCCAAGUAGGAGUGUAUAUCAUUCCUUUGUUCUCUAUCACAGUAACAGCCCUCGUUGGGGAGAAGUCAUCAAACUUCCCAUUCCCAUAGACAGGUUCCGUGGUUCUCACCUCCGUUUUGAAUUCAGACACUGUUCCACAAAAGAUAAAGGAGAAAAGAAGCUUUUUGGCUUUGCAUUUACACCACUAAUGAGGGAUGAUGGCACUACCCUAUCGGAUGAUAUUCAUGAGCUUUAUGUUUAUAAGUGUGAUGAAAACAGCACGUUCAAUAACCAUGCACUGUACCUGGGUCUUCCAUGCUGCAAAGAGGACUAUAAUGGCUGUCCCAACAUUCCUUCAAGUUUGAUUUUCCAGCGUAGCACCAAAGAGUCUUUUUCAGUCUCUACCCAGCUUUCUUCUACCAAACUCACCCAAAACGUGGACUUGCUUGCUCUCUUGAAAUGGAAGGCUUAUCCAGAUCGUGUAAUGGAUAUCUUAGGAAGACUGAGGCAUGUCAGCGGUGAAGAAAUUGUUAAGUUCUUGCAGGAUAUUUUGGACACAUUGUUUGUGAUUUUAGAUGACAACACAGAAAAAUAUGGACUACUGGUCUUUCAGUCUCUGGUGUUCAUCAUAAAUCUCCUGCGUGACAGCAAAUAUUUUCAUUUUCGUCCUGUAAUGGACACUUAUAUCCAGAAGCACUUUGCAGGAGCACUGGCAUACAAAGAACUGAUUCGGUGUUUGAAGUGGUACAUGGACCGAUCAGCUGAACUUGUACGACAGGACCAUAUUCAGGAGGCAAUGCGGGCCUUGGAAUAUCUUUUCAAGUUUAUUGUUCAGUCUCGGAUCCUUUACUCCAGAGCAACUUGUGGAAUGGAGGAGGAACAGUUCAGAGCCAGCAUCCAAGAGCUUUUCCAGUCCAUCAGAUUUGUGCUCAGUCUGGACAGCAGGAGCUCAGAGACUCUCAUCUUUACACAGGCUGCUCUGUUAAACUCCUUCCCUGCCAUUUUUGAUGAGCUAUUGCAGAUGUUCACAGUACAGGAAGUUGCAGAGUUUGUGCGAGGAACUCUUGGGAGUAUGCCCAGUACAGUACAUAUUGGACAAUCUAUGGAUGUAGUUAAAUUGCAGUCUAUAGCUCGUACUGUAGAUAGUCGUUUGUUUUCUUUCUCAGAAUCCCGGCGUAUCUUGUUACCUGUGGUUCUUCAUCAUAUUCACCUUCACCUAAGACAGCAAAAAGAGUUGCUUAUCUGCUCUGGAAUUCUUAGUAGUAUCUUCUCCAUCAUCAAAACUAGCUCCAUGGAGGCAGGUGUACUUGAGGAGGUAGAAAUGAUGGUGGAAAGCCUCCUGGAUGUACUUUUGCAAACUCUGCUUACUAUCAUGAGUAAAUCGCAAUCUCAGGAGGCGGUAAGAGGACAGCGUUGCCCACAGUGCACAGCUGAAAUCACUGGCGAAUAUGUGUCCUGUCUUCUAUCUCUACUUCGUCAGAUGUCAGACACUCAUUUCCAACAUUUACUGGACAAUUUCCAAAGUAAGGAUGAGCUAAAGGAAUUUCUGCUAAAAAGUUUCUGCGUAUUUCGAAAUCUGAUGAAGAUGAAUGUCUUUCCUCGAGACUGGAUGGUGAUGAGGUUGCUCACCAGCAAUAUAAUAGUUACUACAGUUCAGUAUCUGUCUCCUGCACUGCACAAGAAUUUCACAGAAACAGAUUUUGAUUUUAAGGUGUGGAACUCCUAUUUCAGUUUAUCCGUUUUGUUUAUUAACCAGCCUAGCCUGCAACUGGAAUCUGUUACUCCAGCCAAGCGCAAAAAGAUUUUAGAUAAGUAUGGUGACAUGCGUGUGAUGAUGGCAUAUGAACUGUUCAGCAUGUGGCAGAAUCUAGGUGAACAUAAAAUUCACUUUAUUCCGGGAAUGAUUGGCCCCUUUCUUGGUGUUACACUAGUCCCACAGCCAGAGGUCCGCAACAUCAUGAUCCCCAUUUUUCAUGACAUGAUGGAUUGGGAGCAGAGGAAAAAUGGCAGCUUCAAACAGGUGGAAGCAGAAUUAAUUGAUAAGCUGGACAGCUUAGUAUCAGAAGGAAAAGGAGACGAGAACUACCGAGAGCUCUUCAGUCUGCUCCUGCUGGAAAAGAUUGAGCAAGAGACGUGGCGGGAGACUGGUGUUUCUUUUGUUACAUCAGUUACUCGUCUGAUGGAGCGCCUCCUGGACUACAGGGACUGUAUGAAAGGAGAUGAAACAGAGAACAAGAAAAUUGGAUGCACUGUUAACUUGAUGAACUUUUAUAAAUCUGAAAUUAAUAAAGAGGAAAUGUAUAUCCGCUACAUCCACAAGUUGUGUGAUAUGCACUUGCAGGCUGAAAACUACACAGAGGCUGCUUUUACAUUGCUCUUAUACUGUGAGCUGCUUCAGUGGGAGGAGAGGCCUCUUCGAGAGUUCCUGCACUAUCCAUCUCAGACAGAGUGGCAACGUAAAGAAGGCCUUUGCCGGAAAAUUAUCCACUAUUUUAAUAAAGGAAAGAGCUGGGAAUUUGGAAUCCCAUUGUGCAGAGAGCUUGCCAUUCAGUAUGAAAGCUUAUAUGAUUAUCAAAGCCUCAGCUGGAUUCGGAAAAUGGAAGCUACUUAUUAUGAUAACAUAAUGGAACAGCAACGGUUGGAACCUGAAUUUUUCAGAGUUGGUUUUUAUGGCAGGAAAUUUCCGUUCUUUCUUCGGAAUAAAGAGUAUGUUUGUCGAGGCCAUGACUAUGAGAGACUGGAGGCUUUUCAACAAAGAAUGCUGAGUGAGUUCCCACAGGCCAUUGCAAUGCAACAUCCAAACCACCCAGAUGACAGCAUCUUGCAAUGUGAUGCCCAGUAUUUGCAGAUCUAUGCAGUGACUCCUAUUCCAGAUAAUAUUGAAGUGUUGCAAAUGGACCGUGUCCCUGAUCGCAUAAAGAGCUUUUAUCGAGUUAACAACAUCAGGAAGUUCCGCUAUGACAGACCUUUCCAUAAAGGCCCAAAAGACAAGGAAAAUGAAUUUAAGAGCUUGUGGAUUGAGCGCACGACUCUAACACUGACUCACAGUUUACCUGGGAUCUCUCGGUGGUUUGAAGUGGAGAGAAGAGAACUGGUUGAAGUUAGCCCUUUAGAAAAUGCCAUUCAAGUAGUGGAGAACAAGAACCAGGAGCUAAGGACACUGAUAAGCCAGUACCAACAUAAACAAAUGCAUGGGAAUAUCAAUCUACUCAGUAUGUGCCUGAAUGGAGUUAUUGAUGCUGCUGUAAAUGGCGGCAUAGCACGAUAUCAGGAGGCUUUUUUCGAUAGAGAUUACAUUACUACUCACCCUGGAGAUGCAGAAAAAAUCACACAGCUGAAAGAGCUGAUGCAUGAACAGGUACAUAUCUUAGGAGUGGGCCUGGCAGUACAUGAGAAGUUUGUACAUCCAGAGAUGCGCCCCCUACAUAAGAAACUAGUUGACCAGUUCCAGAUGAUGCGGUCCAGUUUGUACCAUGAGUUGCCUGCUCUGGAUAAACUGAGUCCUGCCUGCUCAGGUACCAGCACACCACGGAGCAGUAUGCUUGUAUCACAUAGUCCAAUGAGUCCAGAGAGUAUCAAACUGGUGCAUCGCCACAGCCCACUGAAUAUGCUGGGUACAGUCCGACACUCGUCAUCUUCUCUUUCUUCCCAUACAUCAAGUGAAGCAGGAAAUCUGGUUAUCCUAACAGACAGUUCUGUUGGGGAAACUGCAGAGGAUAUGUACCACAUGCAGGCCAGUCCUUCCACCUCAAGCCUGAGCUCUACUCAUUCUGCACCAUCCCAGAUGAUUAACUCUGCACCUCCUAGCGCACGAGUGCUGAUGAAAGGUGCUGGAUUGACAACACUGGAGGCUGAAGCCCUCUAUUUAUCCACAGAACAGAUACAGCAUGGGCGGCAGCAGUGCAAGCUUCCCCACACUGCCCCCACCAAUGUGCCUCAUCUCUGUCCUGGAGGGACCACCUCUAGAGGCUCUCCCUCUCUACCAGAUAAGUACCGCCAUAAUCGGGAGCUGAUGAUGCUAUUACCAACACACCGGGACCGACCUAGCAGUGCCAUGUACCCUGCAGCUAUCAUGGAAAAUGGACAGCAUCCAAAUUUCCAGCGAGCCUUGUUCCAGCAAGUAACUGGACCAUGCAAACCCUGCAGUGAUCCCAAUUUGUCUGUUGCUGAAAAAGCUGUUCCAGCAGCACCCAGCAGCUGGAGUCUGGACAGCGGAACCAGAGAGGCCUUGCCAUUCCUGUCUGCUCAUGUUGGGAGCAUCCUGGCCCCACCAGUGCCUCCCCGAAGCCUACCCCAUGGUCACUACUCACUGCAUUUUGAUGCCUUCCAUCACCAUCUUAAUGAUGCCCCCCCAGCACUGCCUGCACGGACAUUACGUAAGUCACCUCUUCACCCGAUUCCUGCAUCACCCACAAGUCCCCAGUCUGGCCUGGAUGGAAGCAACUCUACCCUUUCAGGCAGUGCAAGCAGUGGAGUGUCCUCAUUAAGUGAAAGUAACUUUGGGCAUUCAUCUGAGCCCCCUCCUCGAACAGACACUAUGGAUUCUGUCCCUAGCCAGACAUGGAAUACUGAUGAAGACUUAGAGACACCCUACCUCCCUGUCAGGUACAGUCUCUCAGAGCCUGAUGUUCUGGAAACACUCAAAUCCCAGCCAUGCCGAAGCCACUCUGCUCCAACUGGAGUCAUUCCUCAGGACGCUAUGGACCCUCCAGCCCUACCCCCUAAACCAUAUCACUCCCGCCACCCAAACAUGGAGAAUGAGGAGGGUAUUAUACUGGAAGAGGAUGAAAAGCACCGGGCAUUACAUCGCAAAAUUUCCCAGCCAAUUAGUGGUGCGAAAGAAGAGCAAGCCAGGGUAGCAUGGGAGCAUGGCAUCAGUGAGCAAUAGGAAAAACUAUGAGAGAAAAUAGUUUGCAUGAUAAUUCCAGAUCUCUGAAACCAGAGGAGAGAUGUACACUAUAAGGCUUCAGAGAAAAGAAGAAAAUGAACUGGUUUAUUCUCUGCUGCUGAGAGUUGAUGACUGGAGCCAGAGAUUGGGCCAGCAUGUGCACUUGCUGCUUUCCUUUGUAUUUAAUUUUAUACAUUUGAGAUUUUUAGUGUUUUGGGGGUUUGUCUAUUUUUUGCAGAAGGUGCUUCAUUCCUUCUACAGUUUAUCAGACGGCAGGAAGUAAUAUUUGCUGUAGACACUUGCAGAAACUGGAAAGUAUUAGAAUUUUGAGGGGGAAUGUGGCAUGGAAUUUUUACAAACUUUCCUUCCAGUUUUGAGAUGCGCACAAGUUGAAGCAGUUGCACUAAGAAUGUGUUUAUUUGUUGUAGUAAGUGAAUGCUAAUUUUGAAUUCAGGGAUUCCAUAAAGCAUGAAGCCAGAAAGUGUACAGUUUAGAGGCACUGAUAGUUGCUUAAGAAGAAAUGGGAUCUUCCAGACUUGAGGCAUAUAAACUAUUUUGCAAUAGUAUCCCUGCAUUGCCUCAGGUGUGCUGAAGCAAUUUAACCAGUGUUGACUGGCUGCCAUGUCUAUUUUAAGGCAUCAUUUCAAACAAAUUCUUCCUGGCUUUUUGAUUUCCUGUUUUUUCAUUGUUACUGUCAUCUGUAUUUACCGCUGCUACAAUAUGAAGGAAAUAUCUAAUCAUAGUACCUAUAGCCCAGUCUUGGCCUGCCUGUGCCUAGCUCAAGCACAUUUGCUUAGGUUGUUGGCACUAGCAUUUUUAUUCUGGUUCAGGAAGUAGUGGAGCAGUAUCUUACACCAGAGCAACUUUGUAACUAAUCUAGAAUAAAUAGAGGCUUGAGCACCCUUGCCUCAAGGCUGAGUAUCUGCAUAGUCCAAACUUACCAGUUGUAGCAACCUCCCUUCCCUACCCACUCCCCCAAAAUCACGCCUCUCACUGCUACUGGACAAGAUCACCUCACCUGUUCCAGUGUCAUAGAAAUAUGAUCUUCCACAAAUGUCCACUAUGUAAGCACUAUAGAAACAGGGAUUUUAAAGAUUGCCUGUAGGGGAAAAUGUUUUGCCUUUUUUUAACAAACAGGUCCUGAAAAUUUUACAAAGGAGACAACAAAGGGGGUGCUAAAGAAUAGGUAUGUAAAAUCAUGAUUGACUGUUGGGGAACAUGGGAGUGAGAAAGGAGCCAUUGUGUGUAUUUAUGUUCAAGAACUAGAAUACCCAAUUCACAUGCCAUAGUUGAACAUUUUAACCAAAGGAACUGUGAAAGAAGCUGAUAGUAUGAUAGAAUAUAUGAUAGUAAAAAUGUAACUAAACUUGGAAAAGGUACCGGAAAAUAUAAGAAGAAAAGUAAUAUUAACACUUAUUAAGCAAUAUGGCAAGGAUUAGCAGAUUGAAAUGAAUAAUGCAAGGUAAGUAUAUUUGAGAGCUGGAAUGGUUUAAGUCAGCAUUUGUUUAUCGCCAAUUUCAUUCUAACACCUUAAAAAUGACAAAAGGUUGACUUUAUUCAAGAUCCAAUUUUGCUGCCCUUUCCUUUGAGGGCUAAAAAAAAAAGUUUAUUUUUACAAUUUUUGUAGUGAUACCCAAAAGCACAUUAUAUAAAUGUUUUAUAUUAAAUGAGAAAUCAGCACAGAAAAUGUAAAGGAUUGAUUCAAUGUACAAAAUAGCCCAUGACAGAAAUAUUGUUAGAAGCUCAAAGUUCUGGUUUCACUAUUCAAUCAGUUACUAUAUAUAUUAUAAAGAAACAUUUUUUUUCUAAACAGGUAAAGGGAAUAAUGUGUUCCUUGUAUUAUUGAAAUUGCUUUUUUCUGAGGUUAAGUGCUAAAAUAUUUUGUCCCAAGCUGUCUCCAGUGUAAAAUAUAUAGGAGUUCUGUCCUUAUAUUUUAACUAAAAACAUGGCAUUAAAAAUUAGUUUUCUUUUUUACCUUGCUCUUUGGCCUACAACCAUCAUUUCACCUUCUAGGACAGGGUAGCUUUCCAGUGCCACCAGAAACAUAUCCUGUCAAGCACAAUUUAAAUGCAGUAUCUAUACUUCCUGGUAAUAUUAGAAUGCCAAACAUCCACUCAGCAUGAAUGUUACCCACCUAGAGCUCCACAGAGAUUCUCAACACAUAACACCUUUUUGGGAGUUUGAGACACUGGUAGCACAGUCAUAAUUAUUUUUACUUACAGCUGAGAUGGGUCUCACUUCAAUGGGUCUUACUCUCUAAUAAGUGUUUAGAGGAUUGCAGCCAUGGUGUAUCAAAGGCGUUUGCUGUUGAUACCUGGUUUUGAAUUUUUUUUACAAGUAAUGUCAAGAGUCAGUAGAUGUAAACAGAUACCAGCUACUUCCAUAGUGCUCCCAUAACCAUCAGAUUUCAUUGAGAGAAGCAAAUUUAUAUAUAACUAAACAAGAAUUUUGGGAACUGUUGUUUUUUAAUUUCUACACAAUGGUUUAUCUGUGUGUGUGUGCAUAUGUGUGUGUCCACACUAAUUUUAAAAUGAGAUUUCUAGUAUAUUUCAAUUGGUGAAUGUAAAACUACGCUUUCUCUAAAUCAGGGGCCACUAAGCAUAAUGUGGAUAGAAUUCUGGUUGCUGAAUUAGGUAUCCCAUGCUGUAUUACUAAAGUUACUUACUAGACUUUCAGGACACCAGCACAAUUCCCAUUGCAUGGGCUAAGCGCUGAGAUGGCUUUGAAAGCCAACAUUUCCAUUAAAAGCAAUAUAAUAAUUUACUUGGACACAGAUAGAAAAAUCUUAUAUUUUUGGCCCACAGAACAGCACACACAAUCAUGAUACCUUGGAAAAGGUAUGAAGUGCUGCAAAAUAUGUCAUUCUUGUCCUUUGUCCACUCUGGAGUAGAAGGUUCAAAGACAUUGGUGGUUGAAAACAGGAAGAAGUAAUUCCAUCAUUCUUAUAUAGAAUGAAAGGUCAUUGUAUUUUGUUGCCAUAGCAAAAGAUUCUUCCCCCCCCCAUCUCCAUACUCACAUUUUUUCUUUAAAAAAAAUAGAGAACUAAAUCAUAUCUUUCCUGUGGAAGACUGAGUGAGCAGGAAAUUUAGGGAGGGGAUAUGUCGCUUAAUUUGUUUCCCCAUCAUGUUUCAUGUAAAUAUUGCUGUGUAUUUGUACAGGAAAUUGAGCAAAAAAUGUACAGAUCGUGAUGUCUGACUGAUACUCUGCCCUGUAAAUGUGUUUUUAACUUAUGGCAAUCUGUUGUUGUUUAAAAAAAAACAAAAAAAACCCUCUAACCAGUUCUCUUUUUGUGUAUUUAUGUUCAGAAAACCUAUCUUAACUAUAAGAAAAAGCAAACCUAAAGGAAAACAAAAAUUUGUACCAGAGUCCUAAAGAUAUUUAAUUGUAUAUAUUGUGAUAGCAUGUUUCUGGAAUCAACAAACAAGUGAUGUGAAUUUUAGGUGUAAAUAUCUGCUGUUUUGUUUUGGGAUUUUUCCUUCCCUUCCCCAUUCACUCAACUGCUGUGAUGUGGAAUUAAAAAUUAAUACCUGAUAUUAAAAUGUGUUGAGCACAUAUACUCUCUGAGGUGCCAGUGAGAUAUUUAUUCAUAUGCCACAAUGUAUCUUGCAUAUAGAAUAUGGUGCUCAGUAAACAUCAUAUGCUGAUGAUCUCCUACAUUUACUAUUCAGGUGAUGUUAAAUAAAAUUACACACCAAAGCUUUUAGGGAUGGGAAACUACUGAAGAAACAGGAAAAUGGGAAUAAUGCGGGAAUCUACUUCAUAGGGAAAUAUAUCUAUUCUUAAGUAGCCUGUUUUACUCAGCGCUGCACGUUUUACUAAAAAUUAUUUCCCCAAGAUUUGUGGGUACUAAUUUCACUUAAAAAAAAAUGCAGUCACCAGUAAUCCCUAGGGGGGACAUGG